CACCGCUGAAACAUAUCGUCGCUAACAGCCAGAGAAUUAUCUUCGUAAGAUACUUAAUCCGCUUUGGGUAUACAAUUGUCAUGUCACGUAUCCUCUCGUGAUGUCUCGUCCUCUAAUAGAAUUUUUGGAAGUAUGAUCUAAACGAGUGUCAUGUAUCAUCAAAUCAGGACUAUCAUCGAGAUUCCUGCACUCCAUAAAUACACGUGUAUUAUUUAAGUACAUCGAUUCUUGCCUUUCGCGAGAGUAUAUGUGCUGUUUUGUUGUGAGACAACUACUUUCGUGACUUUCUGGGACCAAGAUGCCAGAACGACUAGAGAUUGGUGUCAUACCAAAUAAUCUGAGACAUGAAGAAACUAUAGUCCAAAUAGCAGAAGCCCUGGAUAAUUUGGGCGACGCUGUCUCUUACAUAUUUGAUUGUAUCGACAAGAGACUUUCGGAGAAUAUGCAGAGAUUAACUAGCAUCAAAGAACGAGCUAGAAAGCUGGAGAAUAAGUUGCACUAUCUACAAACUAAUUUAAAUUUGAAAGCAGUGAAAAUGUAUUCUGCCGCUAAAUAUCCAGCGAGUCACACUUAUAAGGAGUACCAGAUGACUAUACCUUUGCAGCCUGAACGUGCGGCUACUAUACCAAGCAUCUACAAAUGUUCCGUGCCUAUAAAAGAUAUUCCCGAAGCAUACCUAUCCUCUAACUGCAAGACGGAAGAUGGACAGUAUGCGGCAAAUAUCAAUCUCCAAGAGAAGCUACAGUUUUAUCACGUACGAUCAAAGGCUAGCAAAAAAGAGAACUCGGAGGACGAUGAGCAACCAUACCCGCCACAAUUAUCUUCAGUUAGUGCCCUCCUACUGUUCGAUAGCAUGGACAGCCCUUAUGAAAAAGCAUCCAUGAGAUCAUCGCGCCAAUCUACUGACAAGCAGCAAAUUGAAGACGCGCCGGAUUCGAUUGUGCAACCGUGGCUUUCGUCAGAAAUGGAUGCGGCUUCCAGCUAUCUGUACACGCCAACGCUCGGAGAGGUGCCUCAGAUAAACGUACCGCUAACGCUCCCAGAUCUACCGGGCAUUGUGGACGACGAGAAAUUCGUGCUCGAUCUUAAUUCUCAAAGCCCGAUCGCGCCAUCGUCCGCGGUGACGACGCCUACCGUUCGUCUGGAUUUACCGACGCCGAUCAGUGAGGAAAAGGAGUCUCAGUUGAAAAUUGCGGAUAACGCACCUCAUUUGCCGAUUUUGACUGAAACCGUGCCUACCGUGGCGACCGUGGUAUCGUCACGAGAACCUGCGCCACCGCCGCCUCCACCUCCCGGAGCAAUGAAUAGUGCUACAAGCAACGAGAAAACUAAUUAUCAGCAAGUUAUGGCGUCUCCGCCGCCGCCACCGCCGCCACCGCCUCCGCCACCACCACCACCCGCAACAGCUGCGGAAGCAGUUGUACCCGCGUCGGAUGAUGGUUCGGAGAAGAAAGAGAAGACGAGCCGUCCACCCGCGAAAACCGUAACCGACGAUCGUUCGAACUUGAUGGCAGCGAUCCGAGACGCAGGCGGGAUAGGCAGAGCAAAGUUGAGGCCUACUGUGCCGGACGAGAAGAAAGGCGAUCGAUGGUCUUCAGCCUCGGUCGGGGGAGAUUUAAUGGCGGAUCUGCACGCGAAACUCGCUCUGAGACGCAAGGGUAUCGCUGGCUCCACGGUUGGAGCUUUGGAGAGAAUGUCGAGCCUGAUACCGCCACCGCCGAAGCCGAACGAAGCAUCCGCGUCAGACAGAAAUUCCGCGGCCAGCGAAUACGACUCUCAGCCCGAUACGGAUGACUGGGAAGAGUGAUAAGAGUCGUUGCGGCGAUCACUUGAACGGCAUACCGUCGAGGAAUCAUGACAAGUAGCUUAAACUAUCAGCAUUCUCGUGUGAAGACUCAGGGGAAUUUUUAUUACACUAAGUUCAACGAGGGAGAUAGAGGGAUGAGAGAAUGCCAAUGCGGAUCUGGAAAUGUUAUUUCUUACACGAGAGAUAUAAGGGCCGAUUUUAAAUUCCAUUCCACGAUUUCGUAAUUACACUUUUGUUCGCGUAGACGAGUAGUGUGUACGUACAUACGUAACCUUAUAUACGUAGGUUUGGAUACAUGACUUUUGUAAUAUUCAUGAAGUGUGAGUGAAGCAACGCUAUAUUUGAUGGCUACGUUGAUAAAAUUUCUUAGAAAUAAUAGAAUAUUUGUUAAUUCUAAAGACAAUUAGCA